AUGGGGUCUAGAAGGCAAGCAAAGAGUGCUGCUGCUGCUGCCCCUGCAGCAGCAGCAGGACAGUCUGGUAAGGGAGAUGCGGAUCAGCAGCAGGGUGCUGGUACCAUUGUGAAGCUGCUGCAGCAGCAGCUGCAGCAGCACACAGCAGCAACAAAUGCAGCAGGUGCAGCACAACUUACAUUGGUAUGGAGGCGGCAGCAGGCCGACAUCCAAAACCGCAUGCACACGGGGUGUACAUACACCCGAGAGAUGCAUGCGUUUGCUGAUUCGUGGCUGAAGGGAGAGCAGCAGCAGCAGCAGCAGCAGCAGCUGACUGCAGCAAAGCAGCAGCAGCAGGAAGCAGAACUAUUUCAGAAGGUACUGCAGGCAUUGGAGGAGGAAGUGCAGGACCUGGAGAAGCAAGCAGCAGCAGAGCAGCAGCAGCAGCAGCAGCAGCAGCCGCCAGGGCCAGAAGCAACAGCAAAGACACUGCAGCAACUUCGCAAAGGAAGGCUGCUGCAGCGUGGGCGGCUGUUUGCUGCAGCAGACGCAGACACAUAUAUAUACAGCAGCAGCAGCGACGACGACAGCAGCAGCAGCAGCAGUCAUGGCGGUUGGCUACUGCAGCAGCAGCAACGAUUUGCUGCUCCUGUGUUGCCGCUGCGUGCAGCACUGCGGCAGGCAAGAAGACAGCAGCAGCAACAGCUGCGGGUCCAGUUGCUGCUGCAGCAAUGGUUGCGCAGCACGAGCUUGCAUGCGCUGCAGCAGCAGCAGCUGCUGCUGUCGAGCGGUGGUCUUGGUGCUGCAAUAGCAGCAGCAGCAGUAAAACAGGAAUCCUCGCAGCAAAUACAGUUGCUGCAGCAGCAGCAGCAGCAACUAAUUAAACCUAGGAAGGAGCUGCGGCUGUGGCAAACAGCAGCAGCAAGCAUGUCUACUCCUGGCUGCAGCUUUGUUGAGUUGCUGCUGCUGCGCAGCAGCAGCAGCAGCAGCAAAUCGGCAGUACAGCUGCUGCUGUCAAAAUCGGAAAGAAAAGUGCUGCUGCAGCAGCUGAAGCAGCAGCAGCAGCAGCAGCAGCAAAUUCCCCCACCACCCUGUUUCUUGUCCCAUGGAUCAGCUGCACUGAGCUGCAGCAGCUGCUUCUUCUGGUUGCUGCUGCAGCAGCAGGAGCUGCAGCAACUGCAGCAAGGGACUUGUGCUGCACGCAGCGGAGGAGCAGAGACAAACCUUGUUAAGGCAUUGGUGCUGCAGCAGCAGCUGCUGCUGCGCCACCAGCAACCAGAUAGUGCCUUAGAGGAGGUGUCUCCUGCUGCAGCAAUAGCAGCAGAAGCAGCAGCAGCAGAGGCAGCAGCAGCAGCAGCUGCUGCUGCUGACACUCCAGAGUUCAGUAUUAAAAAGAUAGAAGACGGACGUCGGGUCUAUUUGGGAAGCUUGGAGUGUAUAUACAGCUCUGUGUGGGGAGGGGGUUACUGCAGCAGCAGCAGCGCGGCAGAGUUGCUGCUGUGGCUGCAGCAGCUGCAGCACAUGCAUCCGCUGCUGCUGCAGCAGACAUCUGCACCCCGCAGCAAAGAGAGGCGCCGCCACUGGCGUCAGCAGCAGCAGCUGCUACAUGGCAGCAGCAGCGGCUUUGCUGCUGUUGCUGCUUCCCGUGCUGCAGCAGCAGACACAGCAGCAGCAGGAAAACCUGUAUCACAAGAAACAUACAACGCAUCCCUCUUUGCUGACGGUGGACUGGAGGUUCAGCAGGACUGUGACAGCAGCGCAUCCGAGACGGAAGCUGCUGCAGCCGCUGCUGCUGCUGCUGCUUCUGCUGCUUCAGCAGCAGCAGCAGCUGCUGCUGCAGCUGACGGGUGCAGCUGUGCCCUGUGCGCUGCAUGCAGCAACAGCAACGACAGCAGCAGCAGGUUUGCUGCAGCAGAUGGUGUGAUGGCUUAUAAGGGUUUAGGGUUUACACACUUUAAUGACAGUUGGCGCAUGCAGCCCCGCAAGCGGCGCAUGCGGCUGCUGCCUGGCCGGCAGCAGAUAAAGUUGCUGGAGGAGCAGGAGCAGCAGCAACUGCAGCAACAGCAGCAGCAGCAGCAGAAGGGCAGCAGCAGCAGCACAAAACGGGAGGAAGUCGACUUUGGCGAAGACAGUGAUGAUGCAGAGGAUCAGACAGCUGCUGCCAAUGGAGGGGAAGCAGCAGCAGCACCAGCAGCUGCAGCAGCAGCAGCAGCAGCAGCAGACUUGACAGUAGAGUAUUCUAGCAGCGAGGACUCUUUCUGUGGAUUUGUUAGAGAUCAAAGCGCCUACAGGCGUUUCCGAAGGAAACUGGUGUCUUCUCCUGCUUCUGUCUGGCAGCAGCAGCAGCAGCGGCAGCAGCGAGCAGCAAAUACUUCCGCUAGGGGUGGGGAGGCACAAGGCCAUGUCUUGACUCCCUAUCUGCAGCGGCUGCAGAAGGCUGCUGCAGCACGACUGCAGCAGCAACAGCAGCAAGGGCAGCGUAAGCAUUCAAAACAUGAUGAGACACUGCAGCAGCUGCAGCAACUAAGCAGCAACCCCACACCUGGGGUGUAUGCGCAGCUCUCUCGUAGUUCUCGUGUGUCUCUGCUGCGGCAUCGCGCGCUGCUGCUGCAGCAGCAGCAGCUAGGGAAGAGCAGCCGCAAACGCAUGCGCGACUCUGCAUGCGAGGACGGGUCCUGUCUCCUUGGUCUAGAGACAACAAACAUGAUUAGCCGCAGCAGCUGCAGCAGCAGCAGCAGCAAGAGAAAGGAGACACGGCUUGCUGCUGACAGCAGCAGGAAGGUGCUGCUGCGUCUGCAGAGAAAGCCCCGUGUUCGUUCCUUUGAGCCUAGGUGGGCUAUAAACAGCAGCAGCAACAGCAGCAGCAGCAGCAGCAAGAAGCAGCACCACCACCAGCAGCAGCAGCAGCAGCUAGGUGUUGCAGCAGCAGGAGAAUGGAUGGGUCGUCAGGUAUUCCUUGCUGCAGUAGACGAAGCAAAAGCAGCAGAAGUGUUGCCGCAUGCAAAGAUCUAUCAAGAUAAUCUAAGGGGCAUGACAGCAACAUUAGCUAGCAGGCGGGAGUAUUGCGUAAUUAUUGACGAGAAGACAAACACUCUUUCUAUCGCCCCUUGCGGUCGUCUCUCCUUCUUCCUUCAGGAGACACCUGAACAGAGGACCAGCGAUUUCUUUGCUGCACAACGUCAAGAGAUGAAGAGAGGAGCAGAUAAUUUACGUCAAUCUUUUUUUAUUCGUUCUCUUGGUCUCCGUUCUCUUCUUAAUAAUAAUUGCCAUUUAUCUCCUCAAGAACUUAAACAUACUAAUCAAGCUAGACUGCAGCUGCAGCAGACAGGAUCUUGGGCAGCAGCAGCAUAUGCUGCUCGUGCUGUAUCUACAACAGAGGAGCAGCUUGAGGUGUCUAGGCAGCUAGCUCGUGCUGCAGCAAAGCCAAUAAGGAGCGAGGAGGAAUUAAUAGAGUUUAUAUUUAAGGCAGGGAGACGUUCUUGCGGUGCUGCAGCAGCAACAACUCCUACUGCUGCUGCUGCUGCUGCAGCAGCAGCACACGGCAUCUCUGCUGCGAUGCUAAGAAAAACACACGCAGCAGCAGCAGCAGCAGAAGCAGCAGCUAUCUCCCUACAAGAAGGAAUCUGCAACGAGAAAAUGAGUUGUUACUUAACAGUGCGCAACGUCUAUGCUGCGCAGCAGCAGAAUGAGCAGAAGACAAGGACCAAGGCAAACCUCAUUGCUGGCGGGGGUAACCGGGAUCCAAGCGCUGGCUUAUCAUCUGCUGCACUACUGAAGCAAUUAACGGAUUGUAAGGAUGCUGCUGCUGUUAGUGGUGGAGCAGCAGGAGGAUUGAGUGGUGCAGCAGCAGGUGCAGCAGCAGCAGCAGCACAGCAGCAAAUGCUGCAGCAAAUGCUACCAAGAUUUAAUCCAGCAGCAACAUGCAUAGAAGAACUUUUCUGUCUAGAGGAUUGUGUCCCCCUUGAGUUAUUGAAUGAUGGAUCUGCGCAGACAGGGAUAGGAGGGGGGGGGCUCGCUAAGCAACUCCGCGUAGGAGGAGAAGCACCAGGCAGCGCUGUUGCAGCUUGGAUACAAUCGGAGUUCUUAAGAAAAAAAGAAAAUGGCAGUUAUGUUAUGCCUACAGAGCUACAGACCAAGGUUUUGGCGACUAUAGCAUGGAUUUGCUGCGCAUUGUCUGCGGACUUUAAGUUUGAUUUUACGGCUCUCCUAGAGGAUGAAUUCAAUAACAGAAAAAAUUCAAACUUCGAGGCCUGCGCCUCUUUAAUUGGUAUGAAGCCAUCGAGGACGAAUAAGAACGAGUAUCAACUCUCUUUCCCGUCACCUUUAGUGCAAUUGGAGAAGAAAAAUUCAUUAAGUCAAGUUUUGCAGACUUUGCUUCCUGAUAAGAGGCAGAGGCGCCGCUAA